AUGAUACGUUUAUUACUACCCGCUUCACUAUUCUUUGCGCUAAUUACUUCCGCUGGAGUAUUAUCAGCUCCCCAACAGGAUUCUGGUUCCAACCUUGGAACUGCCUCAGACUCAUUUAGCCUUCUGGCUGUCAAUCCCCUUUUGCCACCUGCCAGAUUGAAAGUGUAUAGAGGGCAAUGGACACCUCUUCUACGGCAGCAUCUUCCAAUUACCAAAAGAGUCCUCCGAGGUGGGCGCCACGUUUGUCGUAUUGAAGUGGAGGAAUUAGCGCCCAUCUUCUCCGUGGUUGGACAUCUUGAACCCAAGAAAUUCGACUGUGCCUUCAGAGAUGGAGAGGUGAGGUACUACCAUGAAGGCAACCCAUUGCUCACUUCGGACACAGUUCGCGUAACAAUUUUCUUCUUUCGCAAUAACCACUCCAUCAUCCAGACCGCAGACAUCCCCGUGGAUGUCAUGGACUUGCCCAAAACAGGAAACGAGAUCGACCAAACCUUUCGUCGACCUAGAAUUCACGGUCCCCUUGAGCUCAACGUAAAGGGCAUUAAGGCUUCCAGUCAAGCUAUAGGGACGUCGGUGAUAGAAAUCGAGUAA